AUGCCUCGACCUAAAAAGAGCUCGUCGACCGAGAUAACUAUCCAUGUCUAUGAUCUACUCCCGCCCGGCCGCCUCUCCUCCGUACUAUGGACAGUCGGCGCCUCACUUCUUCAUUCUGGCGUUGUAAUCAACGGCAGGGAAUACGCUUACGGUGGACACGACAAGCGAGGGCUUACAGGCGUGUACUGGACCAAGCCCAGAACCGAGCCUCCCGGAGGCACUUUUCGAUGCGAGAUCCUACACGGCUUUACUCUUGCGAGCGAUCAGGAGAUUGAUGCGACGCUUCGGGCGGCCUCGGACGAGUUCCUCGGUACCUCGUACAACCUUCUAACAAAGAACUGCAACCACUUCACAUCAUAUCUAUGCAAGAAGCUCACAGGCCAAGCCGGCCCGUCCUGGCUGAACCGCGCCGCCAGUAUCGGUGUUGCAUUGCCAUGCGUCGUCCCGCGAGACUGGAUCGAGCCCCCCGAAUACGAUACCAGCGACGGCGCACUCCUAGACGAUUACGAUAACUCGGACGAGCAUUCCCGCAUGUUGGGAGCAUCUGCUCCACAUCUCUUGACAGAGAGCAACGACGGCAGUGUAUAUGAGGAUGAAUGGGGUAGUGAAGAGGAGAGAAGGCGUGGUGGUAGUGGCAAAGGAAAGCAAGCCAUGCGGGACUCUGACGGGCGACGACUGCCCCCCGCCGAAAGACUCCCACGG